AAAUGAACGUGUCACAAUAGAAUCACGGUAUUCGAUUAAAUGUUCAAUGCGCUCUUAAGUUACGGUUAAAUACAGGCCCGGCUCCAGCAAUUUGUAGUAAGGUUGGCCAUGUGAAAUUGGGGUGGUGGCUUUACACCCCAUACACUCCAACUGCUCCAACUUCUUUCUUUCUUUCUUUUUCUUUCUUUCUUUCUUUCUUUCUUUCUAUCUAUCUAUCUAUCUAUCUAUCUACAUACAUACGUCCUUAAAAUUAACUUUCAAAUUUUAAGCUUUUAAAAAUAUUGGCCAGGCUUUCUCAAGCCAACAUAAUGUUUGUCUUGACGAACUUUUUUUAUCUUCAGAAAAUUCGGUCACAAACUCAUCCAUGUCCAGUUCAUGUGUUAUUGAUUUUUCAUGAGCUAAAAGUACAAGAUUUUUUUCCUCUCGUGAAGCAUUGUGUGGCGAAACGGUGUAAAAAUUCUUGCCAGAGUGGAGAAUGAGCUCUCACAUGAAGCAGUAGAAAUGCCCAUGACCAGGGCAGACACAUACAGUUUAUGAAGACCUGGAAAUACAACUUUGUAUUCCUGCAAGUGUUUGCAAACAGCUGAACAGUCAGCAUCAGUUGGAAGCUUUUUGGUCAGUAUUGGUCUGGCAACACGAAUUUCACUAUGCAGCUCACUUUUUGCAACCCCUGCAAGACUACUGAAAGUCUCAAGCAGCUGAAUGUCAAGAAAUAUGUUGGAUUUUGGCAUCAAACGUGAGAGGGCUUGCAUCAGCUCUAAAUUCUUUGUGAAAAACCUGUUUUCCAUCUCUGAUACAGCUGUAUCAACAAUGUUUAACAUCUGUCACCUUAGAGCUUCAGUUGCAAUCCUCCUCAUUGUCAAAUGUUUCCCGAUCUCCACGUAUUGGAAGCUCAAUGACUGCUAAAAAUUUCACAACACCUGCCAUGCUUUUUAUGUAAUAUCGAUUCUUUUCUAUCUGUUGGGGCCGAGUAAACAUGCUACGGUUUCCCCUGACUCCUGUCGGCAGCGAAAUUCUGCCCACGUGAUUGAGGCUUGUAAAUGAGCCUGGCUACAAGCAUGUUUCUGAAGACCACGGUCGCGUUCUAAUGCUGCUUUCCAGUUUCUAAAACCAGUCAAAAUGAAAGUAUCCUUCUCGGAGAAAGCAACACCAAAUACUUGACAUGGAAAACAGAAGCAUGCGUUGCGCUCUACAGAAUAUUCAAGCCACGGUCAUGGCUGAUACCAAGCGGCCGAAAAACAUCUCUCCCUCCCUCCGAGAAGAGUUCAGGGGUAUGAUUUCAGAGCCGGCUGAUGAGGAUUUGCCUUGUUUAAAUCACUUGGGACAAAAUUACUGCAUUUUUGUGUAGGUGUAAUUGUUUUUUUGACACUAUCCUAAGAUGCCGUUGAACUUGACCCAACUAUUUCUCCGACCUCGUUGCCGCAAACGGAGGAGGUGGUAGCUGUGUUCUGGUGAGCAAAAGUGCUUUUAUUUUGUCCUUUCGGAAUAAGAAAUCUGUGCAUGUUGUGCUUUGUUUAAUGAUAUGUUUAGUAAUAUGUUCACUGACUGUUAAAAAGACAGUAUCGUUAUUAAUAUUGCCUUGUCAUUCAGCACAUUUGUUAAUGCAAAGGUAGCGAGGUGAAUGAGGCUAAGGCUAUUGUCUCGACAUCCUACACUUAAAAAAAGAAAAAAAAGAAAAAGAAAAUCUGGAGCUGAAUUGAACAUCACACCAGUUUAGUGAUUGGUUUUUAUGGGGGGUGGGGCCAAGUUGGGCUAAGGUCCUGAUUGGGUGCCAAGCUCCUCCCCGUGGAGCCGGGACUGGUUAAAUAUAACACAUUUGACCAAGUUUCCGCUUUGUAUAUCUGUAUUUGAUCAGAUCUGAAGAUAGUGAAGAGUUGAAGUGUUGCCAACUCUUUCUAGCAAAAUUUGUUUCUCUUUCACUUUACAGAUUAAAUCUUUAUAAAGCGGAUUUAUACAUUUACUGUGAAAUAUGAAAACUCUAAAUUCAGACGAGUUAAAGAUAGCAGAGACCACUUUAUAUGCGCACUUGCCUAAAUCCUUAAAGGUGAGUAUGACUUUUGUGUUGUCAGUGCAAACAGUGUAACUUUGAAUGCUGUUAAAUUGUAUUUUUUUUUGACACACUUAAUCAAAACCCUGAUGUUUUCAGGUGUAUGGAUUUCUUUUCACUAUAAACAGAGGGAAACCACACACUUUGGAGGUAUUGGUGGACUCGUGGCCAGCCUUUUCCACAAUCAUUGUUCGACCAGAUCCAAAGAUGAAGAAGUCCUGAAAAGAAUGCUGGGUGUGGAAAAUGCAGUUGACUGGAGCACAUACUUCUUAAUAGCAGGAUGUGAUGUAAGCCAUUCUCCUUUGAUGAAGGAAAUUGCUGCUUCUCGGGGUGUCACUAUGAAAGGCUCUAGCUUAGUGCACCUUAUGACAUUACCUGAGCCAAACCAGUUACCUGAGCUCAUGAACAGUCACCUGUUCAGAGUGUCAGUUCUCAAUGUGUCACAUGUCGAUGUAGUUAACAAGGCUUGGAAAUAUGGUGGGGAUGAGAAAGGUUACAAGAACAUCCUAAAUCUCAUCAGCCAUUUCCCCACAUGCUGCAUUACAGAUGAGAACAACCAGCCUGUGUCCUGGGUGCUGCUGUAUGACUACUGUGCCAUAGGAAUGUUGUACACACAUCCCGAGCAUCGUGGGAAGGGCUAUGCCAAAGCUCUAGUCACCACAAUGGCAAAAAGGCUCCAUUCUCAGAACUAUCCAGUUUAUUGUUUCAUUGAGGAAUACAAUCAGAUUUCCUACAAUCUUUUUACAAGCCUUGGGUUUACAGAAUAUCCUUCUUAUAGGGCUGAGUGGUAUGAAUUCAUCUAAUAGAGUGAAUCCUCAGCAGCGCUCAGCGAGUAAAGAUGCUGACUACCACACCUGGAGUCACAAGUUCGAAUCCAGGGCGUGCUGAGUGACAACCUACUGGGAAGGGUGUGAACUGCAGGGACAGAUUUAUGCAAAUAAACAUGAUUCAUUUACUUGUGAAAUAACUUGAAAUGUAUGGGAGUGUCAUCAAGGCUUUUGUCCUGUUUACUUCUUGAGCUACCUGAACAACCUGAUUCUGUAUGAAUAAGCAAAUCCUGCCAGAGUUACAAUGAAUUAAACCAGUG